UUUGUGGAAAUGAAUAACUAUAUUUCAUGGCUAUUGGUGAUGUUGCUGAGGAACAGCUUGGCUGAGACUGUUGAAGAGAGAUGGCUUCCAGGCUUCAGGCGUACUUCUUAUGAAGUAAUCAUUCCAAGGAAACUGCUUCCCAAGUCUGGACAUGAACCAGAGUAUGUAAGCUAUUUACUGCAGAUUGGAGGGAGUAGCCGAGUGGUGCAUCUCAGACAGAAGUGGGGUUUGGUCCCUAAACACUUCCCUGUGUUCACCUAUAAUGAAGAAGGGGAUCUCCAGGUGGACCAACCUUUCAUCAGGGAUGACUGUUUUUACCAUGGCUCUGUUCAGGAUAAACCAUCUUCUCUGGUCACCCUCAGCUUUUGCUCAGGAGGACUCAGAGGUAUAUUGCAAUUAGAAAAUAAGAUAUAUGAAAUUGAGCCAGUUGAAGCAUCUGCUAUCUUUCAGCAUGUUGUGUAUUCUCUGGAAGAAGAGGAAGGUGCUAUCUCCAUGAGAUGUGGGCUAACAGAAGAAGAGGAAUGGUAUCAAAAGGCUAUCAUACCAAAAACCGAAAACCUACAUGAUAGAAGUGCUUCUAACUGGUGGCCACAAACUAGAUAUGCAGAGAUUGCUUUUGUGAUAGAUUAUGAACGAUAUUUGAAAUUUAACAGAAAUAAAACGCUAACUGCUAUGAGUGUUAUAAAUAUUCUUCAUGUGGCAAAUUCAUUAUAUGAACCACUGUCUGUUAAAUUGUCGUUAGCUGGACUGGAAAUCUGGUCACAAAAGAAUCUCAUAAAGCUUACUAAGAACAUACAUAGGACUCUUAGAGCUUUCACGGAAUGGAGAAGACUAUCACUGCAAAAACGUCUAAGGAAUGAUGCUGCUCACUUAUUUGCAUACAAGUAUUUUACUGAGCUGGGAUUAGCAUACACAGGAGGAAUUUGUAGAAAUGACUAUGGAUCUGCUGUUGAACAAUAUAUAACCACAAGCUUGUUCACUAUAUCUUUGAUAUUUGUUCAUGAGUUAGGACAUAAUCUUGGAAUAAGCCAUGAUACAAAAUAUUGUACAUGUGAUACAGUUCAGUGUAUUAUGGCUCCAAUCCUUUCAAGCUAUGAUAAGUUCAGCAAUUGCAGCUAUAUGGAUUAUUCCAAGCAGAGAAAUGCAGAGUGUUUAUUAGUUCCACCAAAUCCAGAUAAAACAUACAACAUCAAAUAUUGUGGAAACAAGAUAGUGGAUGAUGGAGAGCAAUGUGAUUGUGGUUCAGCAGCUCAGUGCAGGUCAGAUCUGUGCUGCCAAUCUAAUUGUAUGUUGCGUCCUGGUGCCGCUUGUGCGUUUGGACUAUGUUGUGACCAGUGUCAGUAUCAAGAAGCUGGAACUGUUUGCAGAAAGAAGACUAGCAGUUGUGAUCUUCCUGAAUACUGCGAUGGGCUUUCCGAGAGGUGUCCUGAAGACGUUUAUGUGCAAGAUGGUGCCCCGUGCAGUGAUGGUGCAUACUGUUAUCAUGGGAAUUGCAAUACUCAUGAUAAACAGUGCAAAACCAUUUUUGGCAGCACAGCAACAGUUGCUUCUGAUGUUUGCUUCAGGGAAAUGAAUGGUAAAGGUGAUCGUUUUGGAAACUGCGGCCUUAAAUAUAAGAAUUAUAAGAAAUGUAAAGCUGAGAAUAUCCUAUGUGGCCGUAUCCAGUGUGAAAAUGUGGAAAACUUGCCUUCUUUGGAGGAACACAGUACCAUAGUUCAAACUUCCAUUGGCAAUAAACAAUGCUGGGGUACUGACUACCACUUUGGAAUGGAGAUCAUGGAUAUUGGUGCAGUGAAGGACAGCACUACUUGUGGUAAUGGCAUGAUGUGUAUCAAUCAGCAGUGUGUCAGUGUAGCCAGCUUAAUGUAUGAUUGUAAUGUCACAAAGUGCCAUAAUCGGGGAGUGUGCAACAGUCGUCAACAUUGCCACUGUAAUUAUGGCUGGAAACCUCCCAACUGUCAAAAUCAAGGCUAUGGGGGCAGCACAGACAGCGGACCACCUGCACAACUUUAUGAUGGUAGAAGUUUUGCAAAAACUAGAGUGGUAGGAGGAUUAAUAUAUGCCCUUUUUAUUGCUUCUGGACUGGGAUGA